CAGGAGCGAGCCCCAUCUGAGCACACACAGCGCGGAGUUCGCGGCGGCACCGCGCCGCCGGCAGCGCGCCCAGCCCGGCGCCACCCGGGGGGCUGGCCACAAGAUGGCGGCCGCCGCUGAGGCGGGAGGGCGGCUGCCCGAGGAGGCGCCGACGGAGUGGAGCGGCCGCACCAUGGGGCGCUGUGGGAGCGACACGGACAGCGACGAGACUGUCGUGGAGGGCUCUGUACCGGAGAGUGAUGUGGAGGAGGAGGAGCUCUGCAGAAGAAGGUUGGCUUUCCUUAACAAGGAUAUUGCUUUAACAACUGAGAUAAGUAUUAAUAAAGGAGCUUUUUCUCCAGAAAUCUGUUUUAUACAGAAAUUUGGUGACCACACAUAUUAUCAUAAGGCAGAACAGAUAAAACCAGUACUUCAAGAGGCAUACACAUCUGACCAGUCUCAAUCCCUACUGAAGGACUGGAUAAACCAUUCAUCACCUACAGAAAAUAUUUCUAAGCCUCGUUUUUCAUUAAAUUCUGCAGCAGAAGAAGAGCAGGAUAAUUCUGUAGAUAUCAAAUUGAAUGGAUUUCAGAAGGAUUCAGAAGGAAAGAUAUCACCAAAAUUAAGUAGUAAAGAUUGCUGUCCAGAAAUAAGCCUCUCUCUACAUGAUCCUGUGGAAGACACAAUAACAGUUCAAGAGGAACAGACACCAGAAGAUACAUUUCCACAUGUUUUAGAUAACUGCCACAGAACCUGCUUGACCAUUGUUGACACAGAUAACACAAUAAAAGAGCAUUCCCUUAAUAAUGACACAGAUCUUUCACUGUCGUCCCCAGGGAAGAUUUUUGUGGAUGUAUUCACUGAACAGAAUAUAGAGACUAGUGAAGUUGACAUCAGUGAUUUGUUGAGAUACCCUAGUGAUUCUGAGUGUCUUAAAGUUAAGAAUCCAUUGCCUGACAAGUUAGAGUGUCAGGGUCAUGCCUGUUCCGUCGAUCCAUCAGCAGCUGAGAGCAACGAUGCCCUGCCAGUAGAGCUUGUGGCGCCUUGGAAUGCCUUGUCAGCAGCAAUGGUACAAGCUGCCAUUCCUGUAGUUCCAAAUGAGAGACAGCUCAACGCUGAGGAAGAGCAGCUAAAUUCAGAAACCAGUGUUCUGCAGGUAGAUGAUGACUGUACUCAAAUAUCAAACGUGAUGGAGCCUCGACUUGCUGCAGUUCAGGUGGAAGAAAUAAAUGCCUUCACAGGACCUAACUCAGAGAGCACAACAAAUGAGCAACCUGUGGGUGGUCAGCAGAGGGAGAAAGAAGUAAUGUCAGAUGGCCUGGAUGCCACCUUUAGUGAAAAACAGACUGGUGAGGGACAUUCAUAUUCAGUGGAGCCUGCAGCAUGUGCAGAAACAGGCCAAACAGCAUCAAGUAAAAUUCAGAAAUCUCCUUCUGAAGACAAGAAGGAUCUAGAAACUAUCUUAUGGCAAGAAAUAAUUCUGAAUGAGUAUGCAGAAGCUAAUCAGAGGAGAAAGAGCAAGAGAAUUGACAACAAACGGAGACGAGAAGCCUUUGGUAGGAAUUCUGUAAAUCCAACUCGCCCCCUUUCACUUUCAACAAUCCACAGGAGGAAUGUGUAUGGUGAGAACUUACUACAUAGAGCUGUUACUCACCAGGACAUAAACCUUGUACGUAGGAUAAUAAAAGCCGGUGGAAAUGUAAAUGCUCAGGAUUAUGCUGGCUUGACUGCGCUACAUAUAGCAAGUGUGGAAGGCUUUUAUGGGAUAGCAAAUCUGCUUUUGAAAGCAGGCGCUGAUGUUAAUGCUACACAAAAGGAACAAAUAACACCCUUGCAAGAUGCAGUUAAGGAAGGCCAUUAUGAGAUGGCAAACUUAUUACUUUGGUAUGGAGCUGAUCCCUUACUAAAAAAUCAGAAGGGAAGGUGUGCAUUAGAAGAAGCUUCUGACCCAUCUAUGAUGAAGCUUCUUAAAAGUUACGUGGCAAAAUCUAGAAGACACUUAGUGGCAGGUGGAGACAAUUCAAAGAACAUGUUAAAUACUCAAGGCAUAGAAGAUACAAACCAGCACCAGAUUUCCUUACAGACAGAGGAGUCAGAACCAGCAUGUGCAAAUCCUCAGGAGACGAGCCAAAAAGCAAAGGCAGCCUCAUAUUCCAGUAGCAGCAAUAAGAAGCUUUCAUCUAAUCAAUCACAAUUGAGUAAAGCAUCAAAACAGCAAAUAUCUAAGAAGUCAGCAUCUACCAGGGAAGAAGCUGUAAUUGUACACAGUACCUGUAAGACAAGAGCUGGGAGAAAGAUGAAAAUUAGGAGAAAUGCAAAAGGGGAAACUCAGCUGCAUACUGCUGCUAAGAGAGGAGAUGUGUCUUUGGUGAAGACUCUAAUAUCAUCUGGAAUUUCUGUCAAUGAACAGGACUAUGCAGGUUGGACAGCAAUUCAUGAAGCCUCUAAUGGAGGAUUUACUGAUGUGAUCUUAGAAUUACUGAAAGCAGGUGCUGAUGUUAACUGCAGAAGUUUCUGUGGUGUUUUACCAAUACACGAUGCUGUUUCUGGCAAUUAUUUGGAGGCAGCCAGGAUUCUGCUGCAGCAUGGAGCAAAUCCCAAUGAGAGGGAUGGUUCAGGAGAAAGUGCUUUGAAUCAGGCUUGUGAUGAAGAAAUGAAAGAACUGUUGAAGUCGUAUGGUGCUAUGGACUCUGUACUUCCUGUUCAAACUGUUCAAGUUACUGAGGGGAAAUCAAAACGCCAUUGUUAUGACUGCUAUAAAAAUGAUGACGCAGCUUUGGAGACACAACAUGAGAAAUACAGUGUGCAGGAGUCUGUUGCUGCCAUACAGGAUACAGAAAAGAAGCAGGAAGAACUGUUGCUAUUUGAGUUGAGAACUUCGAAAGAUGCAGAUGUCUAUAUCCAAAAGCUGUCUCAGAUACAAGGUGCUUUGAAUGAAAUACUUGCAAACCAGAAGACAGAGAGGGAUACCCUUGCUAAAAAAUACAGGGCUUCAGUAGACUCAUUUAAAAAAGGUGCGCUAAGGAAACAAGUAGUUAACCUUGCUUCUAGGCAAAAGAGCCUGUUGACUGUUGCCCAAAACCAGGAAAAAUUAGUGCAGAAAUUAAAAACUUACAGAAAAACAAAGCAAAUGUUCAAUUCAUCAUCGGAGAAGCAAAUCUCAAACUUAGUUACUUUUCAUGAAAGCGAUACAAGACGAAGUUUAACUGCUAAUGAAAUCAUGUGUCCUAAUACAGUAACAUUUAGUAUGGGGCUUGGUGCCAGCGGGCCUAAUGGAAACAGAGUAGAAGCACAUGUCUCUUUAGAGAAUAGAUUUUCAGGUCAGGAAUGCAGCCAGCAUCCACACAUCUGCUUGGAUGAGACAGGAGCAAAUAAAGAAGCAAUUACAAGCAAGGAGGCUUCUGAUCAUGCUUUGGCAUCUGAAAACAGAGUAAGAGAAUAUGCCUUUGACAACAUGUCAAACAUGAUGAAUGCUGCAGAAGUGAUGACAUUGCCUUCCAAACCUACUAUUUCCACUGCUAAAACAAAGUGCUCACAGCAAAAAGACAUUGAUUGUGUAGCAAUUGCAGGACAAAGAAAUAGGUCUUUAAAUCCCACUUCAAUGACCAACACAUUAAAUAUUGUAGAACCCCAAAGCACUGUUGUCAGUAAGAAUGUCUAUCAGACAACCAGUGACUGCAAGCAGAUUCUUUCACAUGAGGAUCUGCACAGAUAUGUAAACAAGAAAGAAGCUUUCCAGCAGCAACAGCAGCCACAGGAAGAAAUUUUAUUGGCAUCUACAAAGAGCUUCUCUAAUACAUUGCAGCAAAUGGUCUUUCAGAGUAGUGAGAAUUCAUUUAAUGCCAACCUGAUGCUUACUAAUCUUUCCUCAAAUACAGACUCUCCAGCAAAUAUCAGUGAGAAAUCUUCACAGAGUUAUGGUAAUCAGGAAUGGGAACAAAACCAAGUGAGAUAUGGAUGGAAGAGUAAGAAAAAACUUCAGUUGAUAGAUCUGCUUGAAUUGGGAAGGAUAAAGCCUGGAGAAAAUGUUUUAGAAUUCAAACUGCAGGAAUUUAGUCAUAAAGCGACGCUCUUGAAGAAUGGCAAGAUCAGAACCAGUAAAGGACAAAUAUUACAGAAUCCAGUUCAGUGGAUUAAAGAUCUACUAGGAAGUGAUAUUUCUGUGACAUGGAAGUAUGUGUGGAAUAAGGUUACAUAUCUUGGGACAGAAUUGUCAAAAUUUAGUGUUGGUGAAGUGUCAGGUUCCAGUGAUGUGGAGUUGCCAACACAGAAAGGAAAUCCUUUAGGCUCUUCUGUCCAGUUCAACUCUAUGGAAAGCCUGACACAUUUUCUUCAAUUCCAUGAGAUAGUAAUGGCGCAUAAAGAGGAGUUUCUACCGUGCUCUGCAAUGGAAAAGCACUGGAGUUUCUAUAAAGAAUGCAAAGAUUUUGGAUUCUAAAGACUUCUUGAAUGCUAAUACAUUUGUCUUUGCCAUCAUUUAAAAGUAAACAUUUGAGCUUUAGAACUAAGUAUUUUGCUGCUGUCAUUUUGAUUAAUCAUUUGUCCAGCACAUGGUAUGAUAGAAAGUUUGUUUGGGUAAGUGAGGAACAGGGAAGUACUUAGUAGCAGGCAAAGAUAACUGUCAAUGUUUACUCUUGCACUGCAAGAUUAAGGAAUGGGGAAGUAGAUAGGACUUAGACACUGAUACGCAUUGUGAAAUAUAUUCCAGGUUGAUUACUUGGUGUGAACUUUUAAGUUUUUAUUUAAGAUCAAAGUAACUGCCCAUGCUUGAUGGGGCAGGACAGAAACAGACAGGCAGCAACACUCACAGUCACUUCUUACAGCUAAACCUGAAACUGCUGUGGCUGAGCAUGUGCUAUCAGAAAUGGCAAGGCGUGUUUGUAUAGUAACAUAAACUGUUAAGUUAGGCAAAAAUUCAAGAUAAGCAGCCUUGAAAAUCAUCAGCAGCUUUGCAUUAUGUGGCAUGCAUAUAUAUAUAAAAACAUUUGAGAAGGGGGGCAGGUGCUCAGAGAGGUAAAAAGAGGAAUCUUAGGUAUUGGAAGUGCUCAAGAAAAUUCCAUUCAUGUUUGAGCCAAAUCUCUCUGAUAGACAGAAAACGUGCUGGCAUAUGACAGGAAAUGCAAUUAGCCUGUUUGUGGAACAUGAAUUUUUCCAGGUAACAGCAUCUUAGAUAUUCAUCCCAAUCUCUGGGGAAUUUCUGUUUGAUUAAAUUUUACAAUGUUUGAAUCUGCUUUAGCAGCAUAUUUGUAACAGACUUGACUGUUAAGAGAGUUAUCUGCAUUCAGUUGAUAUUCUUGCUCUUUCUUUCUUUGGAUUGUAAGAAGAGAUGGAAUAAUAAUAGUACCUGCUACUCCUAACUCCAGUGAAUAGGAUGGGAAGUAUCUCCUGUUAAUACUUAAUGUCAGCAAGCUAUUGGAGUGUGAAGAGCUCUUCUGCAAAGAUCUGAUUAGUGUCUUAAACAGAAGUUGGUUUAGGAAAGUGAGAGGGUUCUGAUGUGCAGGGAGCUAGUACUAUGCCCUAGAAUGCAUGAGCAAUCAUAGCCUGAUGCGCUGUAAGAAUAAAGAAAUGCCAGUGGCCUGGAAGUCAGAAAAGGUAAAAGCUGCUGAGUGACAGGUAUUUUGUAAAGUCAGUUUCACAAAGAAAGAAAAUGGAGUGUUCUCACAACUGCAGCAGCAAAACAAACCUGAAGGCAUAUUGUUUCAAAGGAAGUGCUCAUUCAAAUACUGUGCUUUCACUGAAAAGUAAAAGGUAUUUGACUGUUAAAAUGACCUCUGAAUUAUGUUUGUUUGUACAUUUUUUCUUUGUUGCAAGAUGUCUAAUAAAAUUAAUGUACAAAA